AUGGCUUCCAAAGCUCUGCUAUUUCCAUUGGCUGCUCUUCUGCUUGUUUCUACAAAGGUUUCAUCAUAUGAGCAAGAAGAGAAGCUUGAGAUAAAGUAUGUUAUAGUUCCUGAUCCAGUCAAGGCACCUCCAGCCCCGGUUCAGACCCCAACUCCAGCACCCUCAGCCGAGGUUCUUAGUCCUCCAUAUGAACCACCAGCUCCACCACCAGUCAAGGUUCCUAGUCCUCCAUAUGAACCACCAGUCAUGGCUCCUAGUCUCCCACAUGAACCAACAGCUCCUACACCACCAGUCAUGGCUCCUAGUCUCCCAUAUGAACCAACAGCACCUACACCACCAACUCAGCCACCCACUCCUCCAUAUAUACCUCAAAAUCCUACACCAGCACCUCCAGCCACAACUCCACCCCCAAACAAGCCACCAAGUCGAACAUUUCCACCAGUUAUAACAAAAAAGGAUUGCAUACCUUUAUGUGGACCAAGAUGCAAAUUACACUCAAGGACUAAGCUAUGCUUGAGAGCUUGUAUCAGAUGCUGUUACAAAUGCAAAUGUGUUCCACCAGGGACGUACGGAAACCGAGAAAUAUGUGGUAAAUGUUACACAGAAAUGAAAACCCGCUAUAACAAGCCCAAGUGCCCUUGA